AUGUCCCUCCUUCCCUCCAACUCCAAGCUUGGCUCUGUCCACCUCCAUGUCCAGUGUCUCCAACCUCCAAACCCUCUCCCUAUGCGUCCACUCCCUUAUCAUCGUCGCCAAACACUCCGAGUCCUUAGCGCCAAGAGGACCGGCAAACAGAGGUACCCAUCAGAGAAGAAGGAGCUCAAAUUGAAGCACCAGGAAAUCGUAGGGGAAGUGAAGAACAAGUUCGCGGGUGUUUGGAGGCUUUCCAAGCUCGGAGUUCCCGUCCACAAGGACCCUGGAAAGGACUUUCUCGGCGUCUCCGAGGGCUUGCUUGAACAGAUUGCCAAAGUGCUCGAGUUUCCGGUUGCUUCAAUGCUGCCGACAGAGGCGUUCACGGUGGUUCGGAAAUCUUUUGAUGCAAGGAAGAGGUUGAAAGAACCCAAAUUCGUGUACGUUGUCGAAAUGGAUGUCAACAAACUUCUGAGUCUAGAGCCUCGGGCUUGGGAUUUCAUUUCUGAGUUGCAGCCUAAAGUUGGGCUGGUAGAACACAUGCCUGAAGCAAAUAAAUCUGGAGAUUUGAUCAGUAUCAUACAUGGCUUUGAAAAUGUACAUCAAGGUACAGUUUCAAGAGAAAGUGCGCGCAACAUGAACAAUGGGUCCCAAGGAUUAUACACACAUCCGACGGCUAGAAAACCAAAAAUUGCAGUGGUGGGUAGUGGACCAUCAGGGUUGUUUGCCUCCCUUGUUCUUGCGGAAUUUGGUGCAGAUGUCACCUUAAUAGAAAGAGGUCAGCCCGUUGAACAAAGGGGCCGCGACAUUGGUGCUCUGGUUGUCCGCCGAAUGUUGCAAACGGAAAGCAAUUUUUGCUUUGGGGAGGGUGGUGCAGGUACAUGGAGUGAUGGAAAGCUGGUGACUAGGAUUGGAAGAAACAGUGGCAGUGUUUUGGCGGUUAUGGAAACUUUAGUUCACUUCGGAGCUCCUGAGGGAAUCUUGGUUGACGGAAAGCCUCAUUUGGGGACAGAUAGAUUGAUUCCAUUACUUCGCAAUUUUCGGCAACAUCUACAAAAUCUGGGUGUUACCAUCAAAUUUGGGAUGAGGGUAGAUGAUCUCCUUGUAGAUAACGGACAAGUUGUGGGUGUCAAAGUUUCGGAUUCAGUUGACAGACAGUCUAAUACCCAGAAAUGGGGAUAUGAUGCUGUUGUUCUAGCUGUUGGGCAUUCUGCACGUGAUAUCUAUCAAACUCUUCUAUCUCAUAACAUAGACUUGGUCCCAAAAGAUUUUGCUGUUGGCUUGCGGAUUGAGCAUCCUCAAGAAGUAAUAAACAGCUUACAGUAUUCUGGAUUGGCAACUGAGGUCCGCAGAGGACGUGGUAAAGUACCAGUGGCAGAUUACAAGGUUGCCAAAUAUGCAAGUGGAAAGGAUGGGGAUGAACCUUUACAGGCAACAAGUCGCAGUUGCUAUUCCUUCUGUAUGUGUCCCGGUGGUCAGGUUGUUCUCACUGGUACAAAGCCAUCUGAAAUCUGUAUCAAUGGCAUGUCAUUUUCUAGACGUGCGUCAAAGUGGGCAAAUGCUGCACUUGUUGUAACCGUCUCAAUGAAAGAUUUUGAUGCAUUGAAUCUCCAUGGACCUCUUGCAGGGGUUGAGUUUCAGAGGGAAUUUGAGCAAAGAGCAGCUAGAAUGGGAGGGGGAAAUUUUGUGGUGCCUGUGCAGACAGUUACGGAUUUUUUGGACAAUAAGUUGUCAGUGACAUCUGUGCCACCUUCAAGUUAUCGACUAGGAGUGAAGGCAGCAAAUCUCCACGAGAUAUUCCCCAUUCAUAUAACAGAGACUUUGCAAAAUUCAAUCUCAGCAUUUGACCAAGAGAUUACUGAUAUACUUGGCUUGUUGCGGACUUUGGAGCCUUCAGUUACCAGGUUUUAUCUCCAAAGAGGCCCUUCUUCAUGGAGUGGAGGAUGUAACAUAAUAAAUAGUCUGUACCGCCACCAAAGAAUUAUCACUAGGACUAGCUCUCCCAUCCAGAUUCCCCGUGGAAUUGACACUUAUGAGAGCACGUCGUUGAAAGGUCUUUACCCUGUUGGCGAAGGAGCGGGUUAUGCUGGAGGGAUUGUAAGUGCAGCUGUGGAUGGCAUGUAUGCUGGUUUUGCAGUGGCAAAGAAUUUUGUUCUGUGUAAUGAUGGCAUAGAGUCAAUUUUGGGCAAGGCUCGGACUGCUGGAUAUUUGGAGUACUAG